GCGCCGCUGUUUGUUGUGGGGCGGCCUGUCUCCGGCGCGAACAUGGCGGCCGGGCAGGGAGGAGGCGGCGGCGGCGGCGGCGGGCUCGGGCUCCCCGCUCACCUCACCCUGUCCUACCCCGCCGGGCCGGCCUGGGGCGCCGCCCCGCCGCCCCCGCCCCACACGGGCCGCAGCCUGGACCGGGCCCUGGAGGAGGCGGCGGGCUCCGGCAUCCUCUGCCUCAGCGGCAGGAAGCUCCGCGACUUCCCCGGCGGCGGCUACGACCUGAGCGACACCACGCAAGCAGAUCUUUCAAAGAACAGAUUUACUGAAAUUCCUUCAGAUGUCUGGCUGUUUGCACCACUUGAGACUUUAAAUUUCUAUCACAACUGCAUCAAAUCCAUUCCUGAAGCCAUCAAAAAUCUGCAGAUGUUAACAUAUCUUAAUAUUAGUCGAAAUCUUUUAGCAACAUUGCCAAAAUACCUGUUUGACCUACCACUUAAAGUUUUGGUUGUCAGUAAUAAUAAGCUGGUAUCCAUUCCAGAAGAAAUUGGAAAGUUAAGAGACCUGAUGGAGUUGGAUAUCAGCUGCAAUGAGAUUCAGGUCCUUCCCCAGCAAAUAGGAAAACUGCAGUCACUUAGAGAAUUGAACAUUAGAAGAAAUAAUCUCCAUGUGUUGCCAGAUGAAUUGGGAGACCUUCCCUUGGUAAAGCUGGAUUUUUCUUGUAAUAAAAUUACAGAGAUCCCAAUUUGUUACAGGAAAUUACGUCAUUUACAAGUAAUAAUUUUGGAUAACAAUCCAAUGCAGAUGCCACCGGCACAGAUAUGUUUAAAGGGUAAAGUUCACAUAUUUAAAUUCCUCAGUAUUCAAGAAUGCCUCCGAAUAGAUAAAAAACCAGAUUCCUUAGAUCUUCCAUCACUGUGUAAAAGAAUCCCAUCCCAGCCACUCACAGACAGUAUGGAAGACUUUUAUCCCAAUAAAAAUCAUGGUCCUGACUCUGGCAUUGGCAGUGAUAAUGGGGAUAAAAGACUGUCUGCAACUGAACCAUCUGAUGACGACACAAUCAGCCUUCACUCUCAGGUAUCAGAAUCGACGAGGGAACAGACUUUGAGGAAUGACAAUCAUUUAAUAGGAAGUAAAUUUGACUCACAUAAAGACCAGGAGGUGUAUGAUUACAUUGAUCCUAACACAGAAGAUGCAGCUAUUCCUGAGCAAGGAGACGUACAAAUGGGACCAUUUGUCUCUUAUGUUAAGGAACGAGGAAAACACCCUGAGAAAUCGCAGAAAAUAGAAGGGAAUGAUGAGUGGGGAGAUGAAAAAAGGCUUCAGAAAGAACAGCUGUUGGCAGAGGAAGAUGACGAGCUGAAAGAAGUGACUGACUUGAGAAAAAUAGCAGCUCAGCUACUGCAACAAGAGCAGAAAAACCGCUUUGAGAAUAGAUUUGUGCAACUGAAGACAUUAAACAGUCAAACAAAUUCAUACAGACUUUUUAGACGGAGACCAUUAAGCUAUAGAACUUCAUUCAGUGAAAAACUCUUCCAGAGGACGAGGGCUGCAGGACGUGCAUCCAGGCUUCUUAAUCAUUCGACCUCAGUAAACACAAGAAACAGGCCAAAGCAGACCGUGGAAUCUGAAAAAAGUGUCUCAACAGAUGAAAUAAAUUCUCCAGUGUCUCCUUACAGAUGGCAGCCACUAGAAAAUCAAAAGGAUCUGACAGAUGAGCAGCACUGGCCAGAAACACAGCCUGUUAUCUGGCAGAAUGAAGAGAGGAGAAGGAGCAAACAAGUUAGAAAGGAAUAUUUCAAGUAUAAGUCUUCCAGAAAGAGUUCAAGUGGAAAUGAAAAUGAUGAGCAAGACAGUGAUAAUACUAAUGUGUCCCCACAGUCUCCUGUAUCAUCUGAGGACUAUGAAAGGACAGACAGUAACUCUCACGGUCCAUUUGGUCUCAAACCGAGAUCAGCUUUCAGCCGUUCCUCUCGCCAGGAUUAUGGGGUAGUGGACCCUGGAUUUACAAUGAGGAGGAAAAUGGAGCAUUUAAGGGAAGAAAGGGAACAAAUAAGACAUCUUCGCAAUAAUCUUGAAUCGAGGUUAAAAGUCAUUUUGCCAGAUGACAUUGGAGCAGCAUUGAUGGAUGGGGUUGUUCUUUGCCAUUUAGCCAAUCACAUAAGGCCACGUUCUGUUGCAAGUAUUCAUGUACCAUCACCAGCAGUGGAAAGGCUUUGCCUGCCUCAUCACAUUUUGGAGGAAAGGGGUCUAGUGAAAGUUGGUCUUACAGUUCAGGCUCUGCUUGAACUACCUUCAUCUAAAGCAUCCCAGCUUUCCUCUGUGUAACCUGACUUUUGGAAACCAGACAACUUAUCAUUGAUCUAUUGAUUUAGAUUGCUGCCAAGCAGUUCAGCUUCCUGAAUGGGAACAUCCAAGCCAUCAGAAGUAGUUUCUGCCCAGACACUUUAGACAGAGCCUUACUUUGAAGGGACACACAAAACUUUGAUUUCAAACUGACUGUUACCUACAUAUACAGUUAUACUGAUGUUUUAAAACUUGGAUGCACGAGAGAUUUUAACAACAUCAGAUUCUCUGUCCAGGUAAUAUAAGUUCCAAGUUUCCCAUUAAUGUUUCAUGACAUUAUUUUUAAAAGCUAGAUUUUUUUUUUUACUACAUUGAAAAUGCUGUUUAGUUUUGUUUUAUACAGGAUAACACACACACGCACACACCAAACAAAGCCCUACUAUAAAAAGUGUGUCAAUCAUUUGGAUUAAAUGUAAAGAUAAAACAAAAACCAGCUACAGUAUGAUCGUGAAAAUCUGAGUGACAGGUCACACACAUUUAAUCCAUUUUUGUUUCAUAUAGCUCUAUAUUUGAGUUCUUUAUUUCUUGCAUUUCUGACUGUAAUUUAUAUCCUUCUAACAUCUCCGGUAUUUAGUUGGAUGUAUGGUAAUUACACAAAACAUUAUAGAGGGGAAAGGUGUAUUUUCCAAUCUUCUAAGUUUGUGCCAAACUAUUUUUUCAGUUGUAUGGUAGAUUGUUUACAUGUGAAGUGCCUGUGUAAUUGAUGACUCUUCAUAGUCUUAAACGUUUUUGCAGUUUCUUUGUCUGACAUAGAUACAAUGGGAAUUUUAAAAUAUUUUAAUAGUUUUUUGUAAGGUCAGUAAUAUGUGAAGAUUUAAAUGAUGCUUCACGUUUUUGGUGUUAGGUGUUUUAAGUUGCACAGUUGAUUAUGUUGUCUAAUGAUUGGAAAAUAAUGUAAAUACAUUUUAUUUAUGCUAUUUAAUUUGAUAAUACCCAAUCACUUCUGUUUUAAUGUAUUAUCAGCAAAAAUUGUCACUGACAGUUAUUUUCCUUGUUUGGGACAAACCAUGACGUCCAUAGUUAAAUAAGAAAUAUAUGGACUAGUGAUGCAUACAUAAUAAUCAUUAAGGAUGUUUUGAUAAAGCCUCCAAAAUCUCAGGUUUAUGCUGUGACUUUCAGGAUUUUGCAUCAUGUUGUUCCUGAUUUUGCUUUAGUUUUUUACAAUAACAGAAAUCACCACAAGUUAGAUUUUAAAAAAAUUCAAGCUGGGAAUCUUUAUAUUUUUCAGUGUUUACAGGUUUGUUGAGAGGGACUAAUUUUGGAAAUAACCACCUGCAUCAUCACACUUUUGCACCAAUGCUUCUCAUUUUCACCAGUGUCACCAAUUAUCAACAGUUAAUUCUGUGCUGAGAGUAUCAAACUCUUGGGAACAAAUGUUUAAAAAAAAAAAAAAUUAAAUCCCCACAACAGAAGCUUUCUUGAACUUCUGGGUUUAAGUACUUGUUUGAUUCUACACCUUUUCUGACUGAUUUUUCCCAUGGUGUUCUGAGAACUUUCAGAACGAUGGACAGUUGACUCCCUUUCUUUCUGUCUCUUCCCCUUCCUCCCAAACAAACAAGUUUACCUUCUUAGUAAAUAUGUGACUCGCUCAAAAAUGUUGGGCUCUGGGUAUGUCACUGUUGUAUUUUUAGACUGUUGCUUUAGACCAAGGGUAAAACCUUGUGUGCCAGAUGGUGUAAAAAAACUAAGUUGUACUCUUGUGCCAAUUGACCUAACGCUAUUUCAUUUCAUUUUGCUAAGGAAUGAGGAAGAAAAUAUUGCUUUAUUUCUUCCUUACUCGCUUUAAUUGAAGCAUCAAAGCCCAGUUGAGAAGAAAAUAAAAAUCCCGAUGGCUAAAAGAUUUAGAAGAUAAAAUAAUUUUAAUGUUCUUUAACUAAACUCCAUUGAAAUAAAAAGAACAGGAGGACUUGUGGCACCUUAGAGACUAACAAAUUUAUUUGAGCAUGUAGCUCACGAAAGCUUAUGCUCAAAUAAAUUUGUUAGUCUCUAAGGUGCCACAAGUACUCCUUUUCUUUUUGCGAAUACAGACUAACACGGCUGCUACUCUGAAACCUGUCAUUGAAAUAAAAGUAAUUCAUGGGCUCUUGUUAACAUAUGCUAUUGUUUAUAGAGUGCAUUCUCAAAUACAGCUCAUUUAAAAAAAGCCAUGCCCUCCUUUACAAAAUCAUGUAAAUUAAAAUAUCAUUUAAACAGGUGCUCAUGCAGAAACUAUAAUUGGCUCAAUAUAAUGUUCGGCCAUUAAAAUAAGUAGUUUCAUUUAUCUUUCUUCUGAAUUAUCCUUUUUUAUUGUUUAUCUUAAUUCAUAUUCAUAGGAGAGGUCCAUUUUAAAAAAGAAUGGGUCAAUGUAUUCUCAUUUCACAUAAAUACAAUAUCGGGGGAAAAAUAAAUGUAGCUGAGAUGACAGUGAACGAGGAAAUUUAGUUCAGCAAGCAGAUUGGUGUUGGUUACUUUUGCUGUAUUUUAAUAGCCGAAGAAUUACCUGAUCAUUCAAAGAGAGGAAAAAAUGUUCUAUAUUAAGAACUGUACUAUCUUGCAGUUUUUUAUACAUACCCUCUUGACUACAAAAAUAGCAAUUCCUGUUUCAGUAGUGUUAACCACAGACUUGCUGGUGACAAAGACAUUAAGUUACGUUUCAGACUUGUCUAACGAUCAUCUAAAUUGGAUAAUGCAGGUGUUUGUUGGACUGUUUAAAUACAUACACCAAUCCUGAAUGAAACUUCAGUUUUCCUGAUGGAAUUAAGUUUCCUCUGUAAAGUUUUCUGAAUACAGUGCAAGCCUCACUUAAGACCACUUCUAGUCGCUUAGUUUUUGUUGAUCCCUUGUGGAGUAUUGCAGUAUGUCAAGAGAAGAUUACAUUCUGACUUAAAAUUUUAACAUUAAGAAGUCUAGCUGUCAGUGUAGUACACUAGUUUCACUUAAAAAUAAAUAAAUAAAGUUAGCACAGUUGUCCCUAAGUAGCUUAAAAUAAUUUGACAGAUUUAUUUGGGCAUAAGCUUUCGUGGGUAAAAACCCCAGUUCUUCAGAUGCAUGACUGUAUGCAUCUGAAGAAAUGGGUUUUUUUUACCCACAGAAGCAUCUCCUCCUGCGCAGGGAUCCAGAAGGGAAAAACAGCCUGAUGCUGGGUCCCAGGCUUGUACGGAGUUUUCUGCACGCUGCCACCUCCUUUCUUCAGGGCGUGCUGGGAACCGCAGCUGCCCGAACCCUCCCUCUCUCUCCAGCAGUGUAUUGGAGAGACGGACUUUGCUGGCCCCUACUGGCAGCCAGCAGCUCUGCAGCGCCAAUUCUGCAGGAAGAAAGGAAAUUCUGCCCAGAACAUUAAUUCUGCACAAAUUCUGCGUUGCGCAAUGGUGCAGAAUUGCCCCAGGAGUAGUAGCAGCUGCAGAAGAGACUGAAAAAGGAGUUAAUACAGCUCCAUGUUUUAAGGAAUGAAAAAACAAUACCUCCAAUCUGAAAAUGGGGGAGGCAUUGGUGUCUACAGCGCAUCUUUUCCCCUCACCUCAGAAUUCAAAAUAAACCCCACAACUGCAGCUUUGGAGGGCAAGGUUCCUUAGGUUGAUAUUGAAUGAAUUCUAGAUUUCCAUGCAGAAAUCAGGGUUCUGAUCAGGAUGCAGUGUAGCUGGGCCUGGCCAUUCCCUUGGGUUAGCCCAGCCCACUUGGUGGAAGUAGCAGUCCCUACCCUCCUUCCACAUACAGACAAGGGGAGAGCAGCUCCUAGCUGAUGGAAUUAACUGUAAUAUUGCAUGUUUAGAUUGUUUCUAAAUGUCUUUAAUCAUAAGAAGCCAUCAUCAAUCCUUUUAUUUAUUAUCUAUUUCUAGCCACAUCUGCUUACAGAUCCACUAACUUCACCCUCUCAUGUCCCCAGUAGCCUGUCUCCUCCUGACUUUUCCAUGUGGGAAACUGCCUCUGCUCUGCACUGGGGCAUCAAAUGGAGUGAAGAGAUCCCAGCAUCCUGCACAUUUGAAACACUGUGUUUCCACUUUGUGUAGGACCUUCUCUGGCUACUCAGAUUGGGCCCUAUUUGGUGGGGGCUUCAGAACACUCAGCAUUGGCUUGACUUGAAUAGGAAUAGAGUUAUGCCAACAGUAAGAGCUUUAGGAAAUCUCACUCGUUACCUUUUGACAAGUAAACUGUCAUAGGCGUUAUUCACGUGCUGCUUAUUGAGCAUUCAAUUUCAAGUUACCCCAAGAUAAUAUAAAACUAUAAUAUUCAUUUUUAUUAUUAUUUGUCUGAACAUAUCAGAAUGUUUUCUUUGGCCCCAUAUGUUUCUUCUGUUCCCCCAAAGAUUGGAAGGAUAUUUGGAUGGCUCCAAUGUAUCAUGUAAGAAUGUUUUGUCCUUUUAAGGAAUAAGAUAUCUCAGCUAAGACAUUUCUAAAUGAUUAUAGCAUGUUUUAAGUAGUGGCAUUAAAGUGCUUAGUUCGGGGUGGCUGAAUGACUUCGAACUGUCUCAGAAAUACACUUAAUAAAGUGUCCCAAUAGUUUACAUAUAAACAAUUAAAGGCUGGACUGAUUAGAUCUGUGACUUUGAUUGUCAUGGCACACAGGAGUGCAAGUCAUUGACAGACAAUCAAAAAGCCUCAGCUGUGUCCAGAUUUCUAAAGCCCUUCCAUAACAUAAGCAGGGUCCUAAAUAAUGUACUGUAUAAAGGAACAAAUUAAGAAAGGAAAUAGUAAUAAUUUUUUAACUGUGACAUGAAUAGUAAGGAUUCCAAGUAAAAUCCUGGCUCCAUUGAAGUCAUUGGGAGUUUUGCUAGUGACUUCAAUGGGACCAAGAUUUCGCCCUCUGAUCUUAUGGAAACUGAAAGUCUACAGUAUUUUGAAAACAAAAUAAAGAUCAGGAGAAGGUUUUAUAAGAGUUAAUGAGCCUGAGCAGAGGUUUGGGUGUGGAGGUCUCUAGCAGCGGUUUUUUAGAUAAUGCCACUGUAAAUUUUAGGGUACUUCUAAAAGCAGUCAACGAUUCACCUCUUUUCAGUUCUGUGGUAAGCCACAGAAAGCUCUAAAAUAUAUACAUUAAUACAUUUAUAUAGUAAAGUACUGUAUUUUGUCAUGUGCACUACUGAGAGAAUGAGAGAAUUCCUCAGGAGCACAACUUUUAUACCACAAGAAGCUAAAUAGCCUCAAUUGUGGAGGUGGGGACUAUCAGCAGUUGUUUCACUAUAGUGAAAACUGCAUUUUUCUUUUUUAAGUGUUUGGUGACUUGGAGGCAAUUCUUUUCCAAAAAAAAUAAAAUAAAAAUAAAUUGGCAUUAAAAUCUAUUGCCAGAUUCAAGCCAUGCGAAGAUGUAUUCCAUAAAUAUUUUCAGUUUUGAUCAUUUUUGACAAGAUGGUGAUUGUCUUCACUACACCUCAGAAGUUCCACGUUUCUCACUAGUAUUUCAGGAAAUGAUCGUUUUAAAAUAUAUUUUCAAAACUACUGGUGUUCAUUUUCACAGGCAGAGCAUGUGAAAAUGAAGUAAAGGAUCACUUAAGCUCUGACGUUGUUUCCUUUUGAUAUUUUCUUAAAUGCCAAAGCAUAACAUAGGGCUGCAUUUUGUCUGGCUUUUUCAAAAUAAGUCUGGAUUCCAACACAGAGACAAUAAAACACAUAUUGAAAUGAAAUGCAUCUUUACCAAAUUCCAACUUUCCCAAUAUGUUUUCCAUAAUUUGGUAAAUGACAAAAUGUCAAGGCUUUGCUUUCAUUAAAAGGUCUGCUUUUACCACGGUACAAUCUAAUUAACUUUUGUCUCAGUUUAGUAGGUUCUAGUUUAUAUUUUCACUGGUAAUUUGUACAAGAUUUUUAGCACUUCUUCCUGUUAAAAAUUAUUCUGCACUGGUUAGACAUACUACUUCUUCGAGUGAUAGUACAUGUGUGCACCAUGCAUCAGAGUCUGGAGAUUUUUAGUGAGCAGUGUAUGUUGGUCCACAUACACAGUUUCUCUUCUCGAGUCUGCACCGAGGACGUAUGAGGCAGAGCGGACUGACGCCUCUCCAAUUCCUUCCACAUGGCCUGAGGUGGAAUCUUCUGCAUCCACAGCUGCUUCCAUUGUUUUUUUCAAUCUGUGUGUGUGUCCCUCCCCUGAUAGUUUUUAGUAUUUGCACUAUCUAUUUACUAUUUUCGAGUUGUAGUAUUUAGUAUAGUGUAGUUUAGUUAGUUUUUUCCCCACUUUGGAGAAAUUCUCCUCCAAGGGUGAGGACUCUGCCCACAGCCCCAGGGUUUAAGAACUGUUUCCUGCCCCCCCGCUCCUUCUCAGUGAGUGACCAACAUCAGUGCUGACUUUACUAUCUUGGCAAGGCUCACAUCCCUGCUAUGUGCAGUAUCUGCUACUCCUUCCCCAAAUUCAUGAGGGUUGAGCACUCAGACUGAGAGAGAACCUCAUGGGGAAAAAACGUGAGACCCCAGUUGCAUCCGGGCUGGGGACACCCCUUCUGUACACUGGUCUCUUCUGUACAAAGUCAGGAGCUGAGGCUACAACCUGCAAGGCUAAAGAAUCAAAGGGUUCUUGUGAGAGUAUGGGGCACUCUCACAAGCACAGGGGCGAAGAUCCUCUUCAGAAUCUGACCUGAAGAGAUCCCUCCCCAACUCCAUCCAAGUUGGGUGAGUCCUUGCAAACAGAUCCUAAGGAUUUAGGCCCAAGUAAACCUCUUCUACAGGAGAAUGUGGCACGCAAGAGUACAGAUCCGUUGAUACUGAUCUUGGUGCCGACAUAGAAACCAAAAGACAGGCAUCCACCACCUUCAGCAUCCAGAUCAUACUCUGCACCAACACAGUUUCAGAAAAAUCCGAUGUCCACUGUAACCAGGGAAGUGUCUGAUCCAGUGGCCCUGACCACCAAAACACCCUACACUAUGUGGCGGUCUGAGACCUAUGUCUCCCCAGGGGAUAUUUUCACUCUUGUGUCCUCAGUCCCCUCCCCUCUUACGUCCAGACUUAUUUAGAGAGAGCGUCGUACCAUCUUGAGGGCAUAGAGUUAAUCUCCUUUCUCAUAUACGAACCUGAGUACCCAUCCAUCGGUAUCAACGGUUCCAAUGGUUAAUCAGGAACCAAACUAGACAUCAGAUUGGUCAGGGGCUACAUUUGAACAUCUACAUCUACAAAGGGAGGCAAGUAUGGACAGAAUUUCCAGGAAAUCAGGGUUCAGUCCUCUGUCAAAGUAUGACUUUCCAAGGGACUGAUGGUUCCUAAUGCCAUGGUGUCCACCCCCCCCCCCCCGCCCAACCAGUUGUCCUCUCUCAGUGGCAUUACUGGGGCCCUAAGAGACUCUCUUACUCUUGGCACCCUGAUCCACGAAUGAACCUUAUCUAUGCUCUCCUACCCAACACCAAACAGCUCCAUUGGAGUGUGAGGGGGAGAAAGUUGAGCCAGAUCUGACUCUUCCAGUGGUUCUGGUGGCAUCUCACAUCAUCCUACCUAGAUUAAGCAGUCGCCCCAAUUGCUGAUGAUCAUAGGCAAUAUCAGGAGCUCUCACAAAAAGUGUUGUCUUAAUGCCAGGUGCAGCUCAAGCAGGUUCAGGAGUCUCAGCACAGCUGUUGAAUAUCUUGCAACCCUCAGGUCCAAGUCAAGAGGCCUCCCAGUCAACAGUCAUUAUGGAUCCAGCCAGCGUAGUGUGGUACGCUCCUGCCUCAUGCACUCCCACCCCCAAAAAAGGCUGAAAAGCACUACUUCAUUCCACUUAAAGAAGCAGGUUUUGUUCUCACAUUCAGCACCCAACUUCAGCAGCCACUGAGAUCCGGGCUGCAGCACCCCAAGAUGACACAUUUGGACGAGGGUGCAAAAUGCCUCAAUCUCCUAGGGAGAGGGAGAAGUUUUCUCUUCAACAAGCCUUCAAUUUCAAGUUGCUGACAACCUGGCCCUCUUAGCAAAAUAUGAUUUCACCAAUUAAGACGAGUAUUUUGACUUCAAGGACAAACUCCCUCAGCAGGAUAGAGCCCAAUUCCAGAACCUAAUUGAUGAGGGUGAACUUUGUGGCCAAAACAUUUCUUCAGGAUGCAGUAGAUGCUGCUGAUAUUGCUUCCAAAAAAUGGCUACUUCAGUUAUGAGGAGAGAAUCCUGGUUACAGUCCUCACGUUUUCUUUGGGAGGUGCAAAGUACCAUUGAAGAUCUGCACUUUGAUGAAGUUAACUUAUUUAAUUAAAAGACUGAGUCUCUUCCCUGUGUUGAGGACUUGAGAACAACACUGCUCUCUGGACAUCAAUACCCUUGUCCCACAGGAAGCACCACAAACAAGUGUACAGGCCAAGAUGGCCCCCUCACGAACCACCACAAGAGCAACCAAGGGUAUAGAGACCAAGGUGCACAGCUUCCUGAGGAUCUACCACAGCUGAUUCCAACCUCCUGCCCAAGAGUUUCUUUUGACAAGACAUGCAACAUCUGCAUUGCUGUGUUGAUGCCUCAUUAUUCUGACCCUGCCCCCAAGUAUUUGAUGGCCACUUUAUUCAUUGCAUCCCCAAUUGGAGGGCAAUAACAGACAAGUGGGUGCUAGAAAUUAUUCACUCAGGCUAUACAAUUGAGUUUACCUCCUACCCACAAACCUGCUUCUCAGCCCUUGAGCUCAUGAGGCAAUCCUACAUGAGGCAAAUCUUCUCCAGCAAGGAGCCAUAGAACGAGUGCCACCUCAUCAUCAAGGGAAGGGAUUCUAUUGCCCAGUUUUCUUAGUUCCCAAAAAGGACAGAGAAUAGAGACUAGUUCUUGACCUACACGAACUAAAUGUCUUCAUCUGAAAAUUAAAAUUCAGCAUGGUCACGUUGGCAUCAAUAAUCCCCUGUCAGGAAGAGGGCAAAAUGGUUCACAGAUCUUGACAUGAAAGAUGCUUGCUUUUCACUUAGGCAUUCACCCGUACCUCAUAAAGUUUCUCAGGUUCUUUCUUGGGCAAGAUCUUUAUCAAGUCAGAGUCCUUCUGUUCACAUUAGAUACAGGGUAAUGGUGGCCCAGAUAGGAUAGGAGGUUAGGAAGGAAGUUACGUAAAGUACAGAUUGGAGCUAGUGAGGAACAGUAAAACAUUAGAAUCCCAUUUAAAUAUAAUACAUGAAAGCAAACAACUGAAUGUUGACAAAUGUUGUAAGUGCUGAUAUAAAAAUGCUAGGAGUCUGAAUAGCAGCAUGGGUGAACUAAAUUGCCUGGCAUUAAAUGAGGAUAUUGAUGUAGUAGGCGUCCAAGAAACUUGGUGAGAUGAGGAUAAUCAAUGGGAUACAAAAAUAACAGGAUAUAAAAUGAUUAAGUGUGUGUGAAAGAGCUCUUGGAGUACAUGUGGAUAGUUCUUGAAAACAUCUGUUCAAUGUGCAGUGCCAGCCAAAAAGCUAACAAAGUUUGAAACCAUUAGGAAAGGGACAGAUAAGACAGAAAAUAUCAUAAUGUUACUUUAUAAAUCCAUUAUAUGCCUACUCCUGGAAUACUGAUGCCAUUCUGGUCACUCAGUCUAAAAAAAAGAUACAUUAGCAUUGGAAAAGGUGCAGAGAAGGACAACAAAAAUAAUUAGGGGUAUGGAACAGCAUCCAUCUGAGGAGAGAUUUUAAAAGACUGGGACUGAUCAGCUUAAAAAAAGAGAUAACUAAAUGAGGGUGUGAUGGAGGUCUGUAAAAUCAGGACGGGUGUGGAGAAAGUGAAUAGGGAAGUGUUAUUUACCCCUUCACAUAACACAAGAACCAGGGGUCACAUGAUGAAAUUAAUAGGCAGCAGGUUUAAAACAAAAGGAAGUACUUCACACAAUGCACAGUAAACCUGUGGAACUUGUUGCCAGAGAAUGUUGUGAAGGUCAAGAGUAUCUAGUUCUUUUUUGAGCCCAUGUUCAUGGAGGAUAGGUCCAUCAAUGGCUAUUAGCCAGGAUGAUCAGGGAUGCAGCCCCAUGCUCUGGGUGUUCUUAAAGCUCCAGCUGCCAGAAGCUGGGAUGGGAUGGAUUACUCAAAAUUCCCCUGUUCUGUUUAUUUUCUCUAAAGUAUCUGGCACUGGCCACUCUCAGACAGCAUGUUGAGCUACAUGGCCCGUAUGGCCACACUUACGUUCAAGGCAAAUUCUCUGUAUACCACUUUUCAUAAAGAGACCUCUCUGCCUCUACCUGGAAUUCAUCCCUAAAAUAAUUUGAGUUUCACAUAAAACAAACCAUUAACUUAUUGGCAUUUUUUUCCCCAAAACCUCAAUGCUUCUGAUGAGGAGAGUAGGCUUCACUCUCCAGAUGUCUGACAGGCACUGGUGUUCUAUGUGGAGAGAAUGAAAGCAAAUAGGAAACCACUGAGACUAUUUAGCGCCUUAGCAGAGCCAUCAACGACUCAAGCAUUCUCUAUGCACAGACUCUCUAAAAGGAUCUCGAGCUGAAUCUUUGCUACUAGCUAACAUGUUUAUCUCUCACAUCCUGAAGGGGUGAGAGCCUGCUCCACUGGAGCCAAGACCACCUCUGUAGCAGCUCUGAGAUGUGAUCUACUCGAUGCAAGCAGGGCGGCUGCCUGGAGUGCUCGCAGUGCCUUCAGACGUUCUGCAUUGGUCCGUACCUGUGUUGCAGAUAUAGCUGUGGGAAUGGCAGUACUACAGACAUGCAUACAGUCUUCAUCCUUGCUCCCACCUCCUGUUUGACUACUGCUUACUGAUUUCCCAUGUGUGGAGUACACCUAGGAACGAUCACUCAAAGAAGAAAUGGAGGUAGGUUACCUGUUACUGGAGGUUCUUUGAGAUGUAUGGUCCCUAGCUGUAUUUCACUACCCACUCUCCAUCCCCUCUUUGGUGGCUGAUGACUGGAUUCAUGGUAAGAGAACCAACUGGAGAGGCAUCAUCCUGCACUGCCUUCAUACCCUCCGUUCAGAGCAUGAGGAGAGCAACUGUGCACAUGCGGAUCAACGGACAUUGCUUACUAAAAAUCUCUGGACUUGUACAUGGUGCAUAUGCUUACCCUUGUAUGAAACAGAGAUAGGGACCACGCAUCUCGAAGAACUUCUAGUUACAGUUAAGCAACCUCCCUUUACCAUUUUCUGCACCAGCUUAGACCAAGGGGGGGGGCAUCCUUUCUUUAAAUGAGCAUUUUGAAACACUGGUCUGUCAUGUCCAGCAAUUUCCAGCUGAAAAUGAAAUGCCUGAUGUUUUAAAAAGUCACAUGAAAAUAAAGGAACACCACUCUGAUCUGAAAUUGUAAAGGAAAAUUCUACUGGUCCAUAUACAAGAGGAUAUGUGCAAUUUUUGUGUGGUAUAGAAUUUCCAGCGGGGUGUAUGCUGGCUGUAUCCCAGACCAGAUUAUUCAGAAGACAGGUUAGCCUGGUGAAGUGAAUGCGGGGAAGAAAGAUGGUUUGGAAUUACAGUAUAGUUUUAGGGGGGAAAGGAUCACCUCCUAAUUCUGGACCCACAUCUCUCUGUACAGGCUAUAGUAGGUAUAGAAUUGACUUCCUCAGUUUCCCUAAGGCUAAGGACUCUGUUCCUCUAUCCUAGUCCUGCAGGAAGGUCCUGACUCUCUCACUUUAGGUCUAUCAAGAGUCCCUUCCAGUUGCCCCUUCCCCUCCCCGUGUGCCCGUGCUUGUGGGAUGAUGGAGAGUAGCAUCUGCUGGCCUCCUCUUCAUCUCACUGACUGACAGCUCCAUUUCAGAGCUCAGAAACAAGGUGGGAGGCAUUCAGGUCACAAAAAGUCCUUUAAAUGUAUUCCCUUUCUGACAGUCCUCAAGGAAAGAACGCUCCCUUCCCAUCCUUCUGUGCACAUCCACUCUCCCUAGAGCACUGGGCAGUGGAUAGAACCAGUGCCUUCUCUAAGAUCAUUUCUGCAAACACAAUUGCUGUAUACAGAUAAGGGGGCUAGGGUUUUGUGGCUGUGAAAACCCAAAUCCUCUUUUGUGGAGCAUCUGAAGGGGCAGUACCCUCUCUGCCUAGAGAGCAGAAUAUCUUAGUCAAGAAAGACCAGAAUAAUUAUUUGGGGAAAGUGAGGCAUGAGUGGGCAUUUUCCAAUAAUUUUCACUCAAAAAAUACUGGUACAUUGGACUCCUGAAAGGAAUGCUUGUUAGGGGAGUGUGCAGUGCUUCAAACUAGAAGAAAUUUCCCUGGAGUUAAGAUUGCUUCUUGACUCUAGUUUGUGAGCUACUAUACAAUAGUUGUAACCGUAUGAAAAGAAAUAGUAUUAACACUCUUGGCUAUUACAUGUGCAACACACAGUGAAGCAUAAUAUACACACAGUGCGUUUAUAGAGGUCUCUACAAACCUGUGGGCAAAAUGUGUAUAUAAAUGCACAGGUUUGUUUUUUUUAAAAGCACAAUAAGUUUUAUGUGCAAUUAUUUUGGUGAUAGAAAUGUGAAAAGAAAACAUUACACUUUUAUUUCUAACAUGAAAAUUGUUUUCUCUACAUUGGCCCUGUGGUUAAAAUAGAGAAGCUUCCUUCUCAGUUUAAUCUCUGACAAUGGUUUUAAUUUUUACUUCAUAGACUAGAGCUUUGUAUUGACUGAUUUUAAAAGAUAUUGUCUAUAGGGCAAAAAGAAAAGGAGUACUUGUGGCACCUUAGAGACUAACCAAUUUAUUUGAGCAUGAGCUUUCGUGAGCUACAGCUCACUUCAUCGGCGAAAGCUCAUGCUCAAAUAAAUUGGUUAGUCUCUAAGGUGCCACAAGUACUCCUUUUCUUUUUGCGAAUACAGACUAACACGGCUGUUACUCUGAAACCUGUCUAUAGGGCGUUUCUGUUAAGUCUUAAAUUGUAGUUUUAUACUACGCUGUGUUUCACUCUCAUUUUCUUUAUUUCUUAUAAUUUUUUUAAAACAUGCUUUAGUUUAUAAAGCCACCUAAAGAUAAUUUUUAAGGCUGGUAGGAGAAAACAGUAACAACCAUGAUGGCAUCACUCUGAAUGAUAUUCUAAUUGCUUUUAAAGUAAAUUAAUGUUUUUUUAAACAAGGGUUCUUUAAGUAUAACUUCCUUCUGUUCCAUGCAUCAGAAUGCCAGUCCUUGAAAAGUUUUACAAAACAUCUCCCUCACUUUUCUAACAAGUCUUAAAAUAGAGGAAUUGAUUAAUUCGAAUACAAAUUAAAUCCCAAUGGGUGAAAUUCUAGCCCCAUUGAAAUCAAUGAGAAAACUCUCCUUGACUUCAGGGAAACUAGGCUUUCCCCUGUGUGUUUAUAACUGAGCUACAUAGCAACCCAUUUAAAACAAUCUGUUGGUGCUUAAAGCAAAGUUAAGGCUUUCCCCCCAGUGGAAGUGUAGUGCCAUCAUAAAGCCAGACAGAUCAAAUAUGUGGAGGGAACCACAAAAGUGUGGGGUUUUUUUGUUUUUUUCUUUUAAAUCAGUAAAAUCUGCCCAGAGUGGCAGCGCUUACUUUGGGCCUGACCAUGUUGCUGCGCACAUGGAAUUAACACUGAGCAAUGGGAGUUCUGUUGGUAGAGCACAUACAGGAUCAACCCUUUAUUUGUAAGUAUUAGUACAGUUUUGUUUACUGAACCCAUGUACUGUAGUAAGCAUUGAUAGGGCAUUGCCACAAGAGUGGGAAUUUCCAAGUUGCCACUGUUCUGUGUUGCAUCUACAGUAUAUGCAUAUGUUUGUCCUGUUUGUGUAGUAAUUACACAAACAUUGUAAAGGGAUUGUUUGGUGAAUAAUGUGGGAUUAAUGUGAAUUAACUUUUAACUAUUGUGUAAUCUGUAGAACCAAGAAAAUGUGAUUGCUUAAAAACCAUGUUAAAUUAUCACUUGGUCAGUAUUCAUAUAUUUUGUUUUUUGAACCUUUUUCGUGAUUAUAAAACUCAGAAAACACAAUGUAACCAAAUCAGCAACAUGUAAUGUACGCAAAAUUUACAAAGUAACUCUGAGACAGAUAUCUGGAAAGUGAUCAUAUAAGUAGCAGCAAAUGCUUAAAUUGUGGAGUUAUAAUACAACUAUUUGAUACUGCCUUUUAAUUCGUUCUGCAUUUCAUGUUCUGUAAACCCUUUUCCUCAGUUUUAAGUUCACCUGUGUGUACAAUACUGGAUCUUACGUCUUUUUUUCAGGACUUCCAUUAUUGCUGGAGCUUCCAACAUGUACAUGUUUCUUUGAAAAACAAUCCUACUGUUAUUUUUUGUAAAUAGUUUUGUAUUGAAUUUGCAUGGAUAAAACCCACAUGUCGAAAACCAGUGUACAUAUUCUAUGUAUAAAAUACAGACUGUUUCAUAA